AUGGCGGACCCAUCGCCACGACGACCUGACUUCGAGCCAGAUGGAGUUACUGCAACUGGUGAAAGCCUGUGCAACGAAGAAGCCCCUGCUGUGUCCUCGUCAAGAGCUCUUGCCCGUUUCGAGUUUGAGUCGGGAAGGGGGAAUGAAGGAACCAAGAUAUUGAUGGUGGAAUGGUCAGAUGAGGAGGCGGAUGGGCCGCCAAACAUGGGAGAUUGGGAGGUAUCUUGGGAAGGAAAGUCAACCGUUUUGUCAGCGAAGGAUGGUUCUGAGGGGAUACUACACCGACUUUACUUUCUACUCGCCCCCGGGUCGAGCGUACCGAGUAUUAUCAAGCUCUCGCAAACUGGAGGGAAGACUAUGCAGACAAAUCCUUUGCCAGCCAUAUUCCCGCCGGAGCUGGGCGUCAGUGCUACGAGUCAAGGGCGGAAAGGUGUUCUGCAUACAGUCUGGGCUAAGAAACGAUUGUCUGUUUUGCAGCAGGAGAUAGAACUAGAGAUGAGGAAUGGAGAAGGUGUUGGACUGGAAAUGGCAAUACAAGAGAAGCAGUGGAUAGAAGAGAAUUUUGGUGUUGGUCCGAAAGUCAUUCCGGACUUACAGUUUACGAUGCCACCCACGAGUCCGAAGUCUUCAGGUGGGAGUGGAAGGCUAUCAGGAAAGCUGAAAGGUUUGAAGCUGGGAACAAGUGUUUCGGAAUUAAGCUCAUCAGGGCAUGAUUCCUCGGCUUCCGAUUCCCAUCCUUUAUCUCCAGACACUGGAGAUGUUGCAGUCUCGUCCUUCUCACUGUUCCAUGGAACAUCCUCGCGGGCACCACGGGCUGUUUUCCAAACCCCGCCACAGCAUCUCCUCGCUCGACAAAAUGAUAGUGGUUGCGUCGGCUCCUUGAACGCCAUCGCAAGUGGCCCCCUUCCCGCCAAAGACGCCAGAGAUGAGACAGAGACCGAAGAGGAUCUCUUUGCUGUAAAGCUAAGUCCUCGCAGUCCAGAGAUGCAGAAGAGCCCCUUCAGUUUUUCUAGCAGCGAGACCAUCCCGUGGCUCAAAACUGAUCAUUAA